GCAACUGCGUCCUCUCAGUCGGCCGCUGAACUCCGCGCGGUAUUUUAUCGGGCGCACACCAUUCGCUUUCUUUUGUGUCGUGUAACAACUUUUUUUUUGUUCUCAACUAUUUUUCGCGUUCGUGACUACUCGUCUUUGUUUUUGCACAAUAAAAUAUUUUUUUCUCAAUAUAUUUAAAAUUCAUAAUUUUAAUUGACAUAAAUAUUUAAUUAUUAUAACAUAACAAUAAAAUGUGUGUGAUUCACAUAAAAUUUAAUUAUUAAAUUGACAUUUAAAAUUUUUAAAUUUGUUUACUACAUAUUUGGGAUUUUUCAUUAUCUGGCUCUACAUAUCUCUUAUUGGAUAAUCACAACAACUUGGUGUGAACUUGCUGGUAAUAUUGGAGUUUUACGUGACGCCUUGACAACGUCUUGAAAAUCGUCUGUAUGAUUCCCUUAAAUAUCUUGGCGAGUUUGUGUCAGCUGUCGCUAGAGUCCAUCAUCGACAAUAAUUGUCACCUGUCAACAAGUACUAACAAAUACUCACUGCCCCCUAAACAGCAAUCGACUGCCCCAUAAUAAAUAUAUAAAAAAAAAUAAAAUGUUACGUGAUUGGAAAUCCGAGGAACCGAGAGAGCGCGAAAGAAUAAAGCAAAUAGUAUUUAAAAAGCGAUGAAAUCAAAUAGGUGUAAAUUAUUUGGAUCGUUUAGUAAAAAAAAAAGAAGAAAAGUUAAACAUUUCUGGUGAAACUAGAGGUAUUUUAAACGUAAAGUUUGGUGGAACGAAAGAUGUUGGGUGUGAGUCAACCAACCAAUCCACCAUCAAGUUUAAGACACUCUGCAAGUUUUUCGUGUCUUCAACGAACUUCCGGUGACGGAGCUCAUCGUGCCAGGACGUCAACUCUUCCUCAGCAGCCAAGUCUUCAGUUAACGACUGUCCAACAUCAUUAUGGUGGUCCGAGUUCACUUCAACCCUCAACGUCCUCAUCAUCAUCAUCUUACUCACGACGUUUAGAAAUUGACUGUCUACCAGAAAGUAACGAUUACGGUUUCAUUCAUAAUACAAGACCACGAUUAAGAAGCACGAAUUCAACGGUAUUACGUGAAGAACAAGAACGUCACUGCCAGAAGCAACAGCAGCAGCAGCAACCGCAACAGCAGCAUCAAUUAUUUACUCGUGAUUCUGUAUCCAUUUAUGACGAGUCUGGUAAGAUCAAAGACCGGGAAGUUUUAGAAGGAUCAAAGUCACGUGAUAUUGUCACAAAGAAUCAAAAUCCACUGAGAGGAGCAUUAAUUCUUUUUACUACUUCGACAUCAUCUUGGUGGAAAGCUAAGCAACGUGAAGAAUUUUCAACCACUUCCCUUGUAACUCCAUCCUCAUCAAGUGUAACCGAAGGAAGGAAGUGGUCAAACGAAGGAGCAGCUAUGACACCUCCAUCGACUUUGUCUGAGAGAAAGUGGCUCGGUCCACCUGGUUCAAUUCCUACCAAUGAACGCAAGUGGUCGUGUAAUUCUAUUGUCGCCUCACCAGGUAAUGAAAGGAAAUGGACAACUGCCUCUAUAUCGCCAACCUCAAACAGUCAGGAUCGAAAGUGGCGAUCACUUGGAGCACUUCUCAGGACUCCAGUUACAAACUCAACCAGCUCACACGUUAGUCAAAACUCGUUUGGCCAGAACAUGAGUGCUUCCAUGAUUGAAAAUGGCGCGAGUGAUAGUUUCAGAGAGUGCUCAACUGUUGGACCUACGGUUAAAACACUGAGGUAUCCUCAGCCUACCUCUUAUUCAGCACGAGUAUCAAAAACGACCCGGGACACUUAUCGCGACAGCAGUGAUUACUCUCAGGCAAGAUCAACAAAGGUCAGUCGAAGACUAUAUCAAGAUUCAAUUGAAGCAACUGAGAGUGCGGGUGAAGAGCAAAGGCGUAAAACGAGAUAUUCAUCUGAAGAUGAAUGUCGGAAUAAAUCCACUCGUGAUGUAUCUAAGUGCGAAAGAACACAGACAAUUGAAGCACGAGCAACGUCUACACGCUCUGGACGUGCUCAAAGUUUUUAUUUACUUGAUGACUUUUUAAAACCACAUCCCCAGUCAUCAAAAUGCUCAUUUAACCUUCAUUUACCCUCACAUUAUUCAUCGAGAGUUAGUACUGAACGUAGCACUAAGUCCAGUGAUAAUAAACAAGGAAUUACUAACGGCACAAGAAACUUUACUAAUAUUACACCACCAAGACGACAUAACUCUAGUUCAGACAGUCUCGAAGUAGCUACGAGCCCUCUUCCACCUCCGGUUCCACCACCGCCACCCCCAGAGGUCAAUACCAUAAAGGAAAAAGAUAAACUGGAAAAUGGCAAAGAACGUGAAGCUUGUCCUUGCAGAAUGUGUUGGGCUAAUUCGCAGCAAAAGUCUUUUCAUGAUGAGGUGAGUAGGAGAUCGAAAGAACGUGCGUCUAUCCACCAAGAUAAAGGGAGGAGUCCUGGAACGCUCCAUAAGGAUGUCGGGGCUGGCGGAACUAAAGUUAGCGGCAAACCCGUCAGUGGAGUGGGUUCUGCAACCCUUACAGCACUAUCAUCCAUCAACACGACCAAUGGCAAUCGGACUAAAAAUAAUGCCAUCGGACACGAGAAACUACCGUCACUCAGCAAUAGCAAAACAUCGCGGGACACGACUGACAACAACAAUGGAAACCACUCCGCCUCUAAUAAUAACCACAACAAUGUACCCCUGCAUGAUCCACUCAACACAAGUGUCCACGUUGAUGCUUAUGGACGUAGAUUACCCAUGACACCACAAGAAGCAGCCAAAUAUUAUGGCUCACGACUGACUGAGUACGAGCGUACUGAAAUUGAAAAAUAUUCGGAGAUUUGGUAUUUAGGAUUGUCGGCGUGUAAAAUUCAUGGUGAAGAGGGUGCCGAAAAUAGUGGAUAUGACGAUGAUACGGGAAGUUACCAUAAAAUUCCGCACGAUCAUAUAUCUUACAGAUAUGAAAUAUUGGAAGUAAUAGGGAAAGGAAGCUUUGGGCAAGUUAUUCGAGCGUUAGAUCAUAAAACCGGUCAGCAUAUCGCCAUCAAGAUAAUCAGAAAUAAAAAGAGAUUCCAUCAUCAAGCUCUUAUUGAGGUGAGGAUCUUAGAUCAUCUGAGGAAGAAAGAUCUUGACGCGGAUUCGCAACACAAUGUGAUACACAUGCUGGAGUACUUUUACUUCAGAAACCAUUUGUGCAUUAGUUUCGAACUCAUGAGCUUGAAUCUUUACGAGUUGAUCAAGAAGAACAACUAUCAGGGAUUCAGUCUGAGCUUAAUUCGUCGUUUCGCCAAUUCACUCAUAAACUGUCUAAGAUUAUUGCACCGUGAGAACAUUAUCCACUGCGAUUUAAAACCAGAAAACGUUCUCUUGAAACAACGUGGCAGCAGCUCAAUAAAAGUAAUAGACUUUGGUUCAUCUUGCUACAGUCAUCAGCGUGUUUACACGUACAUCCAAUCAAGAUUUUAUCGAAGUCCUGAAGUGAUUCUUGGAUUACCAUACGGUACUCCAAUAGACAUGUGGAGUCUGGGCUGUAUUCUUGCUGAAUUACACACCGGAUAUCCCCUUUUUCCUGGGGAGAAUGAAAUCGAGCAGCUCGCAUGUAUCAUGGAAGUCUUGGGACCGCCGCCAGAAUCGUUAAUCUCUCAUGCCACUCGUCGUAGACUAUUUUUCGAUUCCAAGGGCAAUCCGAGGUGUAUAGUCAACAGCAAAGGAAGAAAAAGAAGACCUGGCAAUAAGAAUGUUGCAAUAGCGCUUAGAUCAAAUGAUCCACUUUUCAUUGAUUUUGUCAGCAGAUGCCUCGAAUGGGAUCCAAAGGAACGAAUGACACCAGAUGAAGCGAUGCGUCACAAGUGGCUCAAUACUUCGUCGUCUUCGCACUUGAGUACGUCAUCGUCGAUGGGUUCGUCGGUUGUGAGUUCAAUGAUUAAUUCGACAAUAGAGCCAAAUCAAACAAGCCACAGUCAAUCAGUCUCAGUUAGUGCACCUCGACAACGUGCAAUAACGCUAGAGGAUGAACAGCAGCAGUAUAGUUUGUAUAGACUCUAUAGAGGUAGAAAGUGCGUAUCGAAGAUUACGGCUAUUGAUAGUACCGACAAUAAUACACUUGCAGUUAAAAGUAAACUAAACGGUAGUGCAAGUAGUCAUGCUUUAGCAAGUGGAACUCAGCCUGCUGCCUCAAGACACGCAUCAACCGGAGAUAUUGUCGCAAGUCUUGAUCCCAAUCUCGAUGAUUCUGGAACUUAUUUGCCUGCAAUACUAUGAAGCCGCGUGUGCGCCAGUCACUUCUGAAUUAUUAUUUUUUGCUUCAGGAUGUUUACUAGCGCACGUUUUUUUUUUUUUGUAUAAUCAAUUGUCCUUGGCAAUAAACGGAACCGAGUUUAAACUUCUUGCUGUUUGGGACUGCAUCAUCUAUUUCAUUAUCUUCUUACUGUGAGUUCCGACAAUAAAUACCAACAUAAAAAAAGUAAACCUUGGGCCGGUUAACGAAGACAACAACGAUAUUUAUGUAUUUUUUUUUUUUUUUUUCUGUUAUGAAAAAAAAAAAUAAAAACGCAACGAGAAUAAUUCCGGCCUGCAAUGAUGAUAAGAAGUUGAAAGAAGAAAAAAAAAGUUAUAAAGAAUAAAAGAACGAACGAAAUAAGCAGAAUACGAGAUUGUGAAGAACUUAACUGGCUCGACAAUUUUUCCCAUCAACUGAGAUCGAGGUGUAAUUACUGUCGUUAGUCACGCAGCUUGCAGUGAGAGUUAAGAGGCUAAAGUAGGUCCAGGUAACAGCCUCACGUGUUGAAAAAAAUAAUAAAAAAUAUAUUGCGAAGAAGGCGAGUGAGUGGAAGGGAAAAAAAUGACAAGUGUCUACAUGCAUGUUUAAUUAUGAUGGCAACAGCAAAAAAUCUAUCACUCUGAUUAUCAAUUUUUUUUUUUAACAUUUUUAAACUUUUUUUUUUUUAAUUUUGAGUGAACAAAAAACCAUGACAAAAUAAUAAUUCAGAUUUUAUUUUAUUGUAUUAAGACUGCUGAGUGGACAACACAAAUGAUUUUGACGUCAUUUAAUCUUCCAAAUAGUCGAAAAAAAAAUUUUGCGAUCUCGCGAUAGACUUGCAUACUCGCACAUCUUCAGGGGAAUAUAUAUAUCUAUAUAUACAUAGAUAUAGAUUAAUAAAGGCCCUAGUAAUUUUAUGAUAACAGGGAAAAGUAAAUUGUAUCUUAUAGUAGAAUGAAAGUUUAUAAAUGUAUCAAAAUAUGAUGAAUUGAGACAAAUCUCAGAAGGCGAAUGAUGAUGAGCAAAUGAUUGUGCCCAAGUUUCACGAGGCCUGAGUAGUCUUAUUGUGAUAUUAAUCUACCACUGUCUUACUUAGAUCUCCGAUAAGAAUUAACAUUUAAUAAUAAUUUUUCUUUAAUUACUAACUAUUAUUAUUAUUAUUAUUAUAUUGUAUUAAUUUAGUUUUUUUUUUUUUUCGUACUGUCGUCAUCGCUAUCACUAUGUGCGAAUGCAAUAUUCACAGUUAUUACAAAUCAAUAACUGUAUCAUUUAAAAAAAAAAACAAAAAAAAAACAAAAAAAAAAAUAGUAAACAAAAGAAAAGUAAUUAUCGUAUAAUUAUAAUAACAAAGUAUAUUAUUUUAAUUGAGCUAAGCAUGCGCUCAUAUACUUUAUUUAGUAAACGAAUAUAUUAUAUAUAUAAUUAUUUGUUAAUUAUAUUAUCAUUUUUUUUUUUCAAUUAUAAUGCCAUUUUAUAAAUUUUUUUUUAAAUAAGCUCAGGAAUGAUUUAUAAAUUAUUAAUGCAAUCACGACCACUGCCUAAGUAACAUUCGAUUUAUACAAAACAAAAAAAAAUAACUUUUUUUUUUUUUAGUAAUUAAAAUAAUCUCAUUAUUUAAAUAAUUUUUCAUUAAUUGAAAUUGUCAAUAAAUAUGGGAAGGCAUCAGUUGCCUACAUUAUUUUUUCGGAUAUUAUCAAUGCUUACUGUCCAAUUUCUUACUGUCCAGUUGCCUACUAAAAUUUGUUUUCUGCGGUUCUAUUGCCUGCGUAAAUAUAAAAUAUAUAAUUUAAUUACAUACAAAAAUUAUUGCAGUUUUAGUCACUACUCAAAAAUAUUUCAUGAUAUUCAAUUGACUACUAUUUAACUGUGUACCCAAAUCAAAGAAAUACCUAAUUAAUGUAGAUAAGCUUAUUGAUUUAUUUGCUGAAAAAAUCAAGUACUUGGUGAGAAGAAAUGAUCUACGUUCAAGACCGAUCACUUGAGAAAAACAACUCAGCUGAUCUGUAAAAUAUCAGAACCACGGUAAUCUUCACAAUAGUAUAACUCGCCCGGUCCAUCAUAAAAUACUGGUCUGAAUCUCAUAGUCGAUGUAGAAAAUGACCUGACCAGGCCACUAAUUUCUAAUAGAAAACUCGGAAUUUUCCCGUUGCUAUUGUAAAAACUACAGUAGUUCUGAUAUUUUUCAGAUCAGCUGUGUUUUUUUUUCUCAAGUGUUCGAUCGUGAACGUUGAUCAUUUCUCCUCAACAAGUACCUGAUUUUCUCAGCAAAUAAAUCAGAAGCUUGUCUACAUUAAUUAGGUAUUUCUUUGAUUUGGACACACAGUUAAAUAUUAAUCCAUUGAACAUCAUGAAAUAUUUUUCCGUAGGCAAUAGAACAGUGCAAUAAUUUUUGAAUGCAAUUAAAUCAUAUAUUUUAUAUUUAUGUAGGCAAUACCGUAGAAAAUAACUUUUAGUAGGCAACUAACAGUAAGAAAUUGAACAGUAAGUAUUUAUAAUGUAUGAAAAAUGAUUGUAGGCAUUCGAUACAUUCAGCAAAAACAUUGUAGGCGAAUGAUGCUUUCCCAUACAUAAGUAUUACGCCCAGAAAAAAAAAAUUGUAAAUUAUUAGCAUGCUACUUGUGUUUAAUGUUUACUUGUUUAAAUUAUGUCUCGUUUAUGAUUCGAUUACAACUUUUUUUUUAUUGUCAUUGUCAUAAUUAAUGUCCUUGUUAUUAAUUAUUAUUUUUAAAAAAUAAUGUCGUCCAUUCAGAAUGUAGAGUCUAGAAAAAAAAAGGUGUGAAGACUGAAAAACUGUUGUCUGAAAAUUAAUAUAUUUUUUUUUGUAUUCACUUAAUUCAUGUCAUAUUUUUAAAAUAAUUUAAUACUUUUUUUAAAAAAAAAGUAUUAAUAAAAUUUAAAAUAAAAAAAAGUCUACAGCAGCUCAACAAAAAAAUAUUUAUUUCUGUGUUAAUUUGUUACUUAAAAAAAAAAAAAAAGUUUUUUGUCAUAAGUAAAUUCCUGUAACUUAAUAUCCGUAAGAUAAAAAAAUGACAUUUAAAUAAAUAAUUAAAUGACGAUUUAAAACUAAAAAUGUCAAUUGUGACGACGAGACAAGUGAAUUUUAUAAAUUGUAGAUCGAGUGACUGAUCUAUUUGCAAUGACUGAAAUAAUAAAAUAAAUAUUAUAGUUUAAAUUUAAUUUUCAAAUAAUAAUUAAUGUUGCUGACAUGUGUCGAGCGAUUGAUUGACAUCGAGCUAAAUUAAUAAUACGAAACAACAACAAAAAUAUAAAUAAAUAAUUAUAUCUUUUUUUCCUUAUGGAAUCAUCUCGUUCUAGUUGUUAUUAUUAUAAUUAUAUAAUUAAUUAUCAUUACUAUAUCUAUAGUAAACUUGUAUUUUAUUGAUAAGCAUUAAAAUUUUAAGAGACGUGUUUCUAAAAAACGAAAUAUUAAAAAAAAAAAAAAAAAAAAAAAAAAGUUGUGAAUAAAAUAUCAAAAAAUGUAACGACUUCGAUAUGCAGAUUGACAAAAAAAAAUACAUAAUGAAAAAAUAAACAAUGAAUUAGGCAAUUAUUAUAAAUGUAGAUGUUAAAAUUAUAUUUAAAACAAAAAAUGAAUAAAAAUAAAAAAAAAAAUUUUUUUUUAAUAACAAGGAAUUAAAUCAAUAAGCGGAAUCCUAAUAAAGAAGACGAUACUCUCGUAUAUGUACAGUCAUGUGCUUAGGUGUUCAAUUAUAUACAGCGGGAACAAAGUAUGUGUAUUUAGAAAAAAAAAAAAAAGAUAAAUUAGUGGUAUCUCCUUUAACAUACUAUCAUUACAUAAUACCAAUCCAACCUUUACGUACGCCUAUCCUAAUUAAAACUUAAUAAAAGAAUGACACUAAAAUAAUCGUGUGAAUUUUAGAAAAAUAAAUCUCUGUAAUGUGUGCAAUACAUCUACGGAUUUAUGGAUAAUAAAUAAUUAAAUAAAUGGAAGAAUGUUUAAAAUAAAUUAAGAAAUAGCCCGCGUAAAAAAAAAUACGUUACGAAAAGAUUUGAAAAAAACUUCUAGACUUGAGACAGAAUAGAAUUUUAAGCGGAACUUUUUUUGAACUUAAUUUUUAUAGUAAAAAAAAAAAAAUUUACUAGAACUUAAUAUGGAAUAAAUUUUGAAAAUUUGGAAUUUUUUAUAAAAAUUUUUUUGAUUUGUUUCUAAUGGGAACUUUUGCGGAACGAGGAUAAAAAUGUUCUUUUUUGCUUCAAAAUUUGCUCAUAAACUUCUACCUAAACUUUUUUUUUACUGUCAAAAUUACAAAAGUUUAAAAAAAAAAUUCGACUCGUUCUGUUUCAAACUUAAAAGUUCAACAUCUAGAAUUUUUUUAAAUUGAAUUUUUUUUUACACGGGAGAAGACAAGAAGUUUUUUUUUUUUCCUUUAACAGCUGAGGUAUAAAAACCUUGAAGACUAGUCACGAACAAAAGGACAAGAUCGCGGCUAGUCCUUUUGAAUGAUGAUGAUAAUGAUAAUGUAUUAGACGCCUAUCUACCUAAUGUGCUUUAUAUACUCGUAUAUUGAUAACAAUUGACUUUAAACCAUUUAUGUACUGACCUAAAUUAAUAUAAUACUGAAUUAUAAAUAAACUGAGAGUAUAUGCAUUAAUAAUUUACGUAUGUAAGUUAGAAAAUUAAUUUUAGAUUAAUAAACUCUCCCUUUUUUUUUUUAUUUUUGUUACUAAAAAAGAAAAUUUUAUCAAAAAAUUUGUAAGAUUUUUAACUAAAUAAAAAAAAUCGAUGUUGAAGAAAUAAAUAAAAAUAGUUGGCGUUAGAAUUCGUUAGGACAAUCAAUUUUAAAUUUAUAAUUAUUAAUUAUAAUAAAUAUUUUAGUAAUUUAAUAAAUAUAAAUAAUUAUUAAAAAAUGCUGCCUAUUGUCUGAGGGAGAGUUUUGUUUGUCAUGACCAUUAACGAAUAAACUUUCAUUAAUUUAAAAUAAAAAAAAAUAAAUAAUUAAUUAAUUAAUAGAUAAAAAAAAAAACAUAUGUAACAAACCGGCCUCUAAAACUUCUGGGUACUACAAUUAAUACUGUGUGUCUCUUUUUACGGCUGUCAGACGGCCUAUAAAUAAAUCAAGUUUAAAAAUUUUAAAAAAGUGAAAGGAUAAAUCUCUCCCGUAACAUGGUCGUAAUUUAGUUUAAAAAAAUAUAAUAAAAUGAGCAGAUGAUUCACGCGCCGUGGAACGAAUGAUUUAAAAAACAACUAAAAUAAAAUAAAAGAAAUUUGUGAUUUAUAAAUGUAAUAGAUUUUUUUUAAAAGCUUUUUUUUUUACCAAAAAAAAAAUAGCUUGACCCGAUAUCUGUGUAUAAUUACGAGAGAAUUCGUCUUAAAUUUCCGCCUGACUUUAAUGUAAUAUAAUAAUAAUGAAGAAUUGAUAUAAUUGUAAUGUUUAUUAUUAAAAGAAAAAAAAAAGUGACUAUAGUGUGUAAUAAUAGUAUGAUACUAAAAGGCAUCAUCAUCUUUUUGUAUGAUUUGUUUGUUUGUUUUUAUUAUAAUUACUAUUAUAUUAUUAUUA